AGAAAACCCGUCCUGGGGUACAGGGAAAAAACUCCCAACUUUUUUUUUUUUGUUUUUUUUUUUUUGUUUUUUCCCUUUGGGUUUGCAAACUUCCAGCGCUUUUUUGGGCUCUCGGGAAGUGGUGGGACGUUAAAGUGAUGUCGACUUGCCAGCGAGCAGGGAAAUGAAAGCUUUUCAUGGAGGCUCCACGAUGUGAGUUUGGACAUUUGGGGAAUGUGAUAUUUUGUGGUUUUUUGGUUUUUUUUUUUUUUUUUCUCCUCUGUCUGAUGAAACUGUGAGGGAGCCGAGAAACUUGGAAGAUUUCAGAGGGAAUGCUGAAAUCAAAGGGAGGAUUUUCGGUUUUUUGCAACAACAAAAAAGUUUUCGUCGGCGUGAAGGUGCUUUCCAACCAACCCCGAGCGCCUUCGGAAUAUGCUCAGGACGGGAAUUCCGGCAUUUCUCUCUUAUAAUGCCCCAGAAACGAACUUUUAAUGGAACCUCCUUAAAGAUUUUCAUCUGACCCAGCAAGGAAGUGAGAGUAGAGGGAAAAGUUGGGACAUCUCAAUGGAAAAGUGAGUAUGUUCUUAAAGCCACAAUGUCUGUUUUUGCUGCUUGGUGCUGCCCUGGCUCCAUGUCCUGGUUUUUAGGGACAAGCCUGGAGAGCAGCAGGACAAGGAGAAGACACCCAGACUGUGCCUGAAGGGCAAAACUGGAAACCAGAAUGUGGUUAUUCUACUGCUCUAAAACAUUCCCUCCAGUGCAGCUUCCUAGAAAGCAUCUGGAACGGCUGCAUUUUCUACUUUUAGAGGCGAUAAGAGAUGGGAAAAUAUUGGCUUCUGCCAAGUGAGGAAUGUUUGGAGGCGACAGAGCUGGAUGCAGAAACUUCAGUUUGUAGUUCCAGGACCUGUUUGCUGCAAACAGUGAAAAAAAUCUGCUCUUUUCCCAUAUGUGGAUUGAAAAAACCCCGUGACGAGUGAACCGUGGACGUCUCGUGGUUCCAGUAAAAAUUAAGGACCUAAAAAAUCCAUUGUUUGUUUUCUCCAAGGAUUUUCAGGGAGACAGGUUUGUGAUUCCUUAGGAGCAAAUGUGAUCAUGCUGCCUAUUAGGCCUGGAUGUGCUUGGAUUAUCCUGCUGCUGCUGUGACAAUCAGCAGGAUUGUUCCAGGGAGUAACUGGGAACCGGAGAUUUUUCCGGAUCGGCUUCACUUGGAAUAAACAUCACGUCAAUGGAAACAGAAUGGUGGAACCUUUCCCAGAGGGAACACAGAUGGCUCUGUUUGGUAUGGGCUGUUUCUGGGGAGCUGAGAGGAAGUUCUGGAGGCAGAAGGGAGUUUACUCCACUCAAGUGGGUUAUGCAGGAGGUCACACCCCAAACCCCACCUACAAGGAGGUCUGCUCAGGCAGGACUGGUCACACCGAGGCCGUUCGAGUGGUUUAUCAGCCAGAAAACAUCAGCUUUGAGCAACUGCUCAAGGUCUUCUGGGAGAAUCACGACCCGACACAAGGGAUGAGACAAGGCAAUGACGUUGGCACUCAGUACCGCUCGGCUAUCUACACCUUCUCCCAGGAACAGAUGGAAGCUGCCUUGAGGUCUAAGGAGGAAUAUCAAAAGGUAUUGACGGAGGGAGGCUUCGGUCCCAUCACCACAGAAAUCCGGGAGGCUCCCGAGUUUUAUUAUGCCGAGGAUUAUCACCAGCAGUACCUCAGCAAGAAUCCCGGCGGAUACUGCGGCCUCGGGGGGACGGGGAUUUCCUGCCCCGUCGGCAUCAAGAAAUAGCCUGCGCUUACUCCACCACCUCCCCUUUGGUUUAGGGAGUUUGGGAAAAGACCAUCAACCCUGGUAGAUGCUCCAGUGCAGCCAGUGCAUAAAGAUUUGGGAAUCUGUCGGGGAGGUUUUCCGUGAUCGGAGCCGCUUCGCAUUCAUCGGCAUUAAAAACCAAAUUAGAGGCAAAAAUUUUGUUUUAGGGAGUUUGGGAAAAGACCGUCAACCCUGGUAGAUGCUCCAGUGCAUCCACACCAUCAGUGCAUAAAGAUUUGGGAAUCUGUUGGGGAGGUUUCCUGUAAUUGGAACAGCUUCUCAUUCAUUGACAUUAAAAACCAAAUUAGAGGCAGAAAUUGCUUCUUGCUCUAGGAAGUUCACAGGGUUUCCUUGGAAUAUGAAGAGGUGGAAAGAGAUUCAAACUUCUCCAAGUUUGGCUCCAAGUGCUGUUAAAAGGAGGAAUUAGGGAGGUGGUUGCAUCCAUAACUGCUUUGGCACAGCUUCAGAAAUGUUGAUUUCCUUGGAUUGAGGAAUUUAUGGGUGUUUUGAGAGCUUUGACUUCUGGAGACAUGGUUGGGCUCUUUAACUAUCACCACCCUGUAAUUUGGUGUCUUUGGGAAUGAUGAGCUGAUAAGUAAUUGUCCCACAACUCUGCUUUCUAGGAUCACCUCUAGUGCCUGUUUUCUGAAAUAAUUUUAGUAAGAGAAAGUACAAAUUGUAAUGUGUUGCUGUUUCUUGACAGUUCCAAAACAAAAAGAAAUCAGUUUUGUUUCCUGCACUGCAAUAAAUUACAGAAAAAGAAAAGAAAAA